CGCUAAUAUGAAAUUGCGCGAGCGGAACGAUCAACAAAGGAGUCAGCGCACUCGCUAGCGAGCCGGGGCAAACAUUUUGUCGAUUGCAUCAUGCUCCUGAGUCCUGACUCGUUGCUUCUCAUGCAUGAUUCAGAUUAAGAGGCCUAGCUGGGGGGGCGGUCGGCUUUUGGAAGGCAAGGUCAUUGGCGCACUGCAUGCUGCAUCAAGGGGAAAGGGAGCUGAAGCCCUGAGCUGUGCAAGAGCUUUCAGCAGGACAACGUUUCUCCCUUCUUUAAGAAAAAUUGUCUGUAUUGUCCGAUUAUCAGAUAUGGACACAGACAUAGACUACUUCCAGCUCUUGCCUGAUGAGUUGGUCAUCAAGGUCCUAACAGAGGUCAACUCCCCGCAUCGGAACACUGGCGACCAAGCCGUGACCACCAGCGCAAGAGACUUUGUGCGGGCUCAAAGUGUAUGCAAGCGUUUUCUGGAGCUAACAAGGGCGGUCAAGAAGCUGAAUUGGCAGCUUGGAGAUAUGGAGCAAUCCAUUGGGCUGGCCAGGUUCUUAGAGCACCCCGAAGUUAACCUUCAAGAGUUAAGCCUGGUUAUGACAACGAGCGAGGUGAAGGCGGUUCCCUCCCACGUUCUUUUCACCACCCAGUUGAUCGAGGGUUUGCCGGAGCGGGUCAACUUCCACUUUAUUGGCAAGAUGGGAGAGCCAGAGCUUGACAUCACGAUGCUCAUAGCCUAUGUGCUAAUAAGCCCGGUGCUCGAGCACCUCAGUGUCUCUAGCGAGGGGGGUGCGGUGCCGGCCGUCAACAGCAUGCACAAUAGGCCGCCCUCUCAGCUCAAAAGCCUCCAGUUCAACAGCGUCAGCAUACAACCGGAGGCUCUCGAGCAUUUGCUCAUGAGAUGCUCAAAGAUCGAGGUGCUCAAGGUCUUACUAGGAGGGAAUGCAAACCGGUGGCCUCCUAGCAACGAGCCCGAGAUUGUCUCCAUCCGCUCGGGAACCCUCAAGAAGCUUGUACUUAACAGCAAGGUUGGAGUCGCGGCGCGGAUCAAGUCUGAGUCCCUUGUCUCUUUGGAGAAUCAAUCGGAGCGCUUGGCUCUUGCAACUCCGGCACUCGCCAACGUCGUCAUUGAUGCGAGAAGCCUCUCGCUUCAAAACCCGGUGCGGUGGGCACAACCCUUGAGCCUGGAGCAUCUGUGCUUCAAGGGAGUCGAGACUCUCGGGGAUUGGCAAGUGAAGGUGGUGCCGCUCUUGAGGCAAUGUGCAGAGCUCCAGACGCUUGACUUUGUUGAUGGGGAAGUAAAGCUUACGCCCGAGUCGGACACGUUGCCAUUCGAGGUGUUCGUGGGGCACCUCCCGCCCAGGUUGACAUCUUUGAAAGUCUCAAGUGGGCUUUUACAACUGCUGAACCUUACGGAGGCUAGCAGUGUGUCUCACAGUCGCUUGCAAUGGUUUAGGGUAACAAGCAAGUUGGAGAUUGGUAAUCUUGUCAGGUUCAAGCAGCUUGGGACCUCUUUUCCCAACGCCAACAUCCUACAAGCUUAGUUCCUUCAGAUGCAUAGGUAACACUAACAACUAAGUUGGCGAUCAUUUGCAAUUACUACGGUAGCUUAGCGUGACAAGAGAAGCAACUGGCACUGAAACUCUAGCAACUGUCCGGGCGUUGUUGGGGUGAUUGGCAGUGCCUAGGCCGGUGGCUGUAGAUGUAGAUGUUUGUGGAUGUAAAAUGAAAAGUUUUUUUUACUGACGAUGCAUAGCUUAGCUAAAGUUUGAAAGUAUGACUCGUAGCUUAGUUCAUGCAUGUCACAGUUAGGAAUUAGGAGUAAGGAGUACCGAAGGACAGUCUCGUUUGCAUCACCAGUUCAUAACUCGUUCAAAGAGUAUUCAAUAUGGAUGAGCAAAGCAGUCAAACUUACCUCAGUAAUCGAUCAGGCAUGGCCAGGGCCCGCUG